GGAUCUUCAGUCUGUGAAUCACAAGCCAGUGAUGUACGUGAUCGUGGGUUGACUUUAUGUGUUUAGGUCAGAAAUCAGAGCUCUUAGCGCAGGUAACCUUUACGCUGACCUGGAGCUGUUUGGGCCACGCACCACCGGCAUUGGAGUCUGGUUGAGGGCUUUAUUUUCAAAUAGGAAGGACUCUGUUUCUUCAUGACCAUUCCUAGUUGCGCUAGCUCAGCCAUCUGGCCGCCUCCUGAGCCCUGCCGGGGCCCGAUCCUUCCCGCCGCGGCCCCUGCAUUUCUCCCUGCGGGGGAUUGGCGGCACGGUUAAACAAGCUCAGAGCUGGGGGGCAGCAGUUCUGCAGAUCCCUCCUGGGAAGGCCCACCACCAAUCAUAAUUCCCCGGCCCAGUACUGACCAUCCAUCCCCACAGGCCGCUGGACCGACCUCUCAGAGCAGCCGCUGCCCCUCGGCCUGCCUGGACGCCUUCCCUUUGGGUCCAUCCCAGCUGGGAAGGGGGUCCGGGGCCCUGCUGCUUAUGUGCGUGCGUUCACGUGUUUCCGUGUGGAAGGUGUGUGCACAGAUGGGUGUGUGUGUGUGCACACCGUGGAGGAAUGCACCCCACAGCACGGACACGCGGCCGCCUUUGGGCAAGGUCGAGCUUUUUCCGCGUUUCUGUUCCGGGAGCCGUCUGAGCCGCGGGGCUGGCGGGAAGCCGCGCUGUGCCGUCUUGGGGCUCACACCUGUUACCGUCUGCUCUGUUCCAUGGUGGCCCAAGUGCCUACAGAACCUGCUUGGGGAGCAGGUGCGUGGCUUUCUGUCCCUCCAGGAGGCUUGAUGGUCCUCCAGGCAGCGUGAACUUUGCUCCUUCCGUGGGCACCCUCCUAGUCUGCUUGACCGAGCCUGGCGCGCCAGGGCGCACGGAGGAGGUGGUGGCUCUACAGAUACAACCCUGGGCGUGGUCGCGGGCCCUGGGGAAUGACUGAGGUGGAAUUUUUCCUGUCCACGCUCGGCCUCAAGAUCUGGCUGCUGAUCACCUGGCAGUGCCAGUUUCCAGAGCCAAGAGUUGGCCCCGUGUGUCAACGCCACACAAUUGGUCGUGGUUCUUUGAAUAAAACGUUGGCGAGGACGGCCAACGCGCUCGUGGGCUCUGAAGCCGGACCACGUGGUCUCGUCCUAACCGGCCCUGGAUGGCUGUGUGGCCUUGGGGAAACGGCUGGCUCCUCUGGGCCCACUUCCCUUUCCUGUGAGAUGGGCUGUGCGCGGAGCUCAGACUCUGCCAGGAAGUGGGAUGCUGCAGUGUCUUAUGGCACUUGCGCCCACGGCCUGGCCCCAGGGAAGGCAGGAGAGGAGGCCAGGGUGAGGCUAAAAUUAGCUAAGACGGCGCGGCUGAGGAGCAGGCAGAGGUCUGGCAGAAAGACCUGGCGCCCCAGCCUCAACGCACGGGGUGCGAGGGGGUCAGGAGAGGCGGAGCUCCCGGACCCCCCCAACGCAAAACUGCCUCCCAGACCUGGGUGUGGUCCUAGCACGGCCCACUCCCCUCACCCUGGACUGCUUCCCAGUUUGCAAGGUUAACACAAGAUAAAGCCAAUCUUCUGUUUAAAAACAGUCCUAACCUGGCGGUCCAGUGGUUAGGACUUCGCGCUCCCAGGGCAGGGGGCACAGGUUCGAUCCUUGGUCGGGAACUAAGAUCCCGCGUGCCGCGUGGCGCGGCCAAAAAACAAAAAGACAAAACAAAACAAGCAAACAAACAGAAACCAGCCCACAGAAGCCAAAAACCUGCCGUCGCAAGGGCUGAAGGAUCUGUCUGUGGCCAGGAUGGCUGAAAAGUCCUCUUUGCUCUCUGCCAGCAGGGCCCAUGCCAGGCGCGGCUCCCCCAGAGGCACUCCCGAUGUGCCCUCCCCGCCCCGCCGCCCAGGAGACUCGGUGGUACCGCCCUCUGCACUCACCACUGGGCUCACAUCCUGUUCUGAGUGUCUGUUAGGCUCCACCUCCCCCCAGGCCCGUGGUCUCCUGAAAGCCGGGCCUCCUCGGGGGCUGCGUGAGUGUCCUGUAACGAAGGACCACAAACUGAGGGCUUAAAAGAACAGAACUCUAUUCCCCGCCCAGUUCUGGAGGCCAAGAGUCUGAAGUCAGGGUGGGGGCAGGGCUACCCUCCCUCUGGAGGCUCCAGGGGAGGGUCCUUCCCGCCUCUCCCAGCUUCCCCCAGGCGUCCUUGGCUUGUGGCCUCAUCACUGUAGUUUCUGCUUCCGCCAUCACGUGGCUUCUCUGAUAAGGACACCGUCGCUGGAUUUGGGGCCCUCCCCAAGCCAGGAGGACCUCACCUCAAACCACCGAUCACAUCUGCAAAGACACUUUUUCCAAAUAAGGUCAUGCUCGGGGCCGGGGGGAUGUAUCUUUUCGGGCCGGGUGUGGGGAACCACCAUUCUGCCCCUGCGUGUUCCCAGCUCGGGGCCCAGCAGGGUGGUACUCUGUGACUAGCUGCCUGAAGGACUCCGUCCACCAAGUCUAAUCUGAGACAAGUCUGGGGGCGGCGUCAGCCCUCUGGGCAGCGGCCUCUCCCGACAUCACUGACACCCGUGCGCAGUGGGGGUUCUGAGGCCGCCUCGGGGCCCUGAGUGGCCGCGGGUUCUCCCCGUGUGCCUGUCAGGGUCCAGAGUCCCUCCUUUAAGGGACAGUAGCCGUAGUGGACCAGGCACCCCCCCCCCCCAACGUGACCUCGUUUUACUUGUCACCUCCUUAGAGGCCCCCCCCUCCAAAUCACUCACAUUCCAGGGAGCUGGGGCUUAGGGUCCCAGCUAUCUUCUUUGGGGGACACGGUUCGGCCCAGAGCGAGAGGUAACCCGAUGGAUGUGUGUGGAGUUCAGCAGAAGACCCUCGCACAGGGGCCCAGGGGCUGUGGGUACAAUCAAGAUCAGGUGUUUCCUAUCACAGCGACUGUACCUGUGCUGACCGGUUUACUUCUGUUGGGAAAAUCAGCGUUUUUCCUCUUAAGAUGCAGAGUGGUUGUCACCACCUGGGGGGUCCAGAAGGAUCUGUUUACCUGGCAAUAGGUCCCGCCUUUUCUCAAAGCUUGGGGGUGUUAGGGGUGUGCGGGAGCCCCGGGAGCCUCGCGAUGCAGCCAUUUCUCAGGCCCGACUGAGCUCUUUUGGUCCGUGGGCUGGGAGUCAAAGUGAGGGCCCAGGUAGGGCCACGGAAACAGGCCGGGCUGGGAGUUUGCAGAAAGAUGGAGUGCUGCCACAGUGUCCCUUGACCCUGUCUGCGGGGCUGCGACCUGCAGCGGUUUCAGCAUCUCGAGAGGCCAGCCACGGGCGAGGCCCAGCGCCAGCCUACCCUCCAGCCCGGUGCCAUCCCGGGGGCCCGGGUGGGCCUGCCUGUACCCCCUUCCUCAUUUCCCACACUCUCCACACGCUGGACUAAGCUGGAUUUCCCUCUCAUGCUAAAGAGCCCAAGGCCGGCCGGGUGUGAGUUCAGGGAAGAAUGGAGGCUGGGCUUGGAGUUGAGGGCGGGAGCGGCCGGCUGCCCCUGGCGGAGCGCACAGCCCAGGCCGGCGAGCCGAGGCCGUGGGGAAGGUGUGGGUCGGGGUGGUCCAGGGGCUCACGUGGCGUCUGACUCAGCCCUGCUGUCUCAGCUCCACUCUCAGCUCUGUGGCCUCAUUCCGGCCGGGGGCUGCCCUGAGGGUGCGGGUCUGGAUUCGGGGAGGGGGCUGGUCAGAAAGCCGCCCUCACCGGGCUGGGGAGCCCGACGGGCAGAGCCGUCGGUGCCCCCGGGGACGGGCUGGGGGAGGGUUCUCCUGGAGAUGGAUUCUUCCCGCAGGCCGGACCGCCGCUGGAAUCCUGCAUCCACGCCCUCUGCCGACGCUGUCACGCCCUUGGAGAUGCCGCAGCACUCGACGGGGGACAAGCACUUCGCCUCGAUGCCGCAGCUGCUCUUCCCCAGCCCCCCGCUGGCCACCGACAGCGAGUGUAGCUGCACGCCCCCCAGCAGGCGGGCGUCCCUUGGCUCGCCCCUGAGCCAGCCGCUGUGCCAGCCGCGGCCUGAGGCACGCGGGCCCCGGGCGGCCCGGGAGGUGCGCUACGUGGCGACGGGCCGGCCGGCCGAGGCCUGCGGCUGGCGGGCCUUCGCGCCCACGUGCCUACAGGCCUUCAACACACCCCGGGGCUUCCUGCUCUUCCUGUGCGCGGCCUCCUUCCUGCAGGGCAUGACGGUGAACGGCUUCAUCAACGCCGUCAUCACAUCCAUCGAGCGGCGCUAUGACCUGCACAGCUACCACAGCGGCCUCAUCGCCAGCUCCUACGACGUGGCCGCCUGCCUCUGCCUCACCUUCGUUGGCUACUUCGGGGGCCACGGCCACAAGCCUCGCUGGCUGGGCUGGGGCGUGCUGGUCAUGGGCGCUGGCUCGCUGGUCUUCUCACUGCCCCACUUCACCACCGGCCCCUACGAGGUGCAGGUGGACGAGGCCGUCGGAACGUGCCGGGCCAACCGCAGCACGACCUGCGGGGGCCGCGCCUCUGGCCCGUCCGGCUACCAGCUGGUCUUCAUGCUGGGCCAGUUCCUGCACGGCGUGGGCGCCACCCCGCUCUACACGCUGGGCGUCACCUACCUGGACGAGAAUGUCAAGUCCAGCUACUCGCCUGUCUACAUCGCCGUCUUCUACACCGCGGCCAUCCUUGGCCCCGCAGCCGGCUACCUGGUCGGAGGUGCCCUGCUGAAUAUUUACACCGAAAUAGGCCACCGGACGGAGCUGACCACCGAGAGCCCGCUGUGGGUCGGCGCCUGGUGGGUGGGCUUCCUGGGCACUGGAGCGGCCGCCUUCCUCAUCGCCGUGCCCAUCCUCAGCUACCCGCGGCAGCUGCCAGGCUCCCAGCGCUACGUGGUCAUGAGAGCAUCCGAAAUACACCAGUUAAAGGACGGCAGCCACAGGGUGACCAGCAAUCCUGACUUCGGGAAAACCAUCAGAGACCUGCCUCUCUCCAUCUGGCUCCUCCUGAAGAACCAUACGUUCAUCCUGCUCUGCCUGGCCGGGGCCACCGAGGCCACGCUCAUCGCUGGCAUGUCCACGUUUGGCCCCAAGUUCCUGGAGUCCCAGUUCAGCCUCAGUGCCUCGGAAGCUGCCACCUUGUUUGGGUACCUGGUGGUGCCGGCAGGUGGCGGAGGCACGUUCCUGGGCGGCUUCUUUGUGAACAAGUGCAAGCUCCGAGGCUCAGGCAUCAUCAAGUUCUGCCUGCUCUGCACCCUGAUCAGCAUGCUGGCCUUCCUCGUCUUCUUCAUGCACUGCCCCAACGUGCCCAUGGCGGGCGUGACCGCCAGCUACAACGGGAGCCUCCUGCCCCAAGGCCACCUGGGGCUGACAGCUGCCUGCAACGCCGCCUGCGGCUGCCGGCCAGAGCACUACAGCCCCGUGUGCGGCCCCGACGGCCUCGCGUACUACUCGCCCUGCCACGCGGGGUGCCCGGGGGCGGCCUCGCCCGGCCCCGGUGGCCAGAAGGUGUACCGAGACUGUAGCUGUGUCCCUCGGAACCUGUCCUCUGGUUUUGGCCUCGCUGCCGCAGGGAAAUGCACUUCAAGUUGCCAGAGGAAGCCCCUCCUUCUGGUUUCCGUAUUCGUUGUAAUUGUCUUCACCUUUCUCAGCAGCAUUCCUGCACUCACGGCAACUCUACGGUGUGUCUGUGCCCAGCAGCGAUCCUUUGCACUAGGAAUCCAGUGGCUCAUGGUUAGAACCCUAGGGGGCAUCCCGGGCCCCAUCGCCUUCGGCUGGGUGAUCGACAAGGCAUGCCUGCUCUGGCAGAACCAGUGCGGCCAGCAGGGCUCCUGCUUCGUGUACCAGAACUCGGCCAUGAGCCAGUACCUGCUUAUCGCAGGGCUGGCGUACAAGGGUCCCUCGGCCAGAGCAGCAGGCUGGACCCCGGGACGGCUGUCUGCCCAGAUAGUCCCCCCGCGGCCUCGGCACAGGGGUCCUGGGCUUCGUCUUCUUCACCACCGCCUGCUUCCUGUACAAGCCCCUGUCGGGGUCUUCGGACGGCCUGGAGGCUUCUCUGCCCAGCCAGUCCUCAGCCUCCGACAACGCCACGAACCUUCAGGAAGCCCCCUCCGCCCUCCAGAUCCAGAACGACAUCUGACAGCCCACCCGCCAGCCCGGGGGCACGGGCCAGCCACGGCACUUCCCGGGAACACUAUCUAAUUUCUCCCCGGAAGGGGUGACCCCUCCCCGAUUGACGCCCAGCACUGAGGACCCCGCAAAAAUCUGCCACUGGGUCUGGGGGGACCGAGCCUCAAAGGCACCGAGGAGAAAGAAGGCAAGACGUCCGAAUGGACGCCCCUGCCCCAGCCCCCCAGACCUCGCCAGAGAGAGUGGAGUGACCAGCUCUGUGCCCGGAAGGAGUUGCCCAUUUUCCGGCCGGACGCAGGGCUGCCUCCCUCUGGUGCGCUCACACUCUGGCCCUCUCCCACGGACUUAGCCAAAUAGCAUCCCCUGGGGCCGCGGGAUCGCUCGGAAACAUGAACAGCUGUGCUUCUAAAGCAAGCUGUGCGAUUCCUACGUAACUCCGUGAGUAGUUACAAAAAGCGCGAAACCACCUGUGGACUUCGGGGAGACACUUCUGCCAUCCCUUCCUCUCUCCUUUGAACGGCGGAUGUUUGGAGCCGGUGGCUGCCCUGCGGUUUACAAGCUCUCUCGUCUCUGGAGACGUUAAGGCCGGUGAUGCUGGCGCUGUUGGAGCUGCUCCAUGGAAGGGACAAAGCACCCACCCCUGUGGGCGAGCUGGAGCCGGCGGUGCUCUGCGUGGGUCCACACCGUCCCGCGCACGGCCUGGCCCUGACUUCCUGUGUUUCUCCUGACGCGGAGGAGGCCGGUGGGCUGCCGUCCCCGGGGCACAUCCACGUGGAUCCCUCUCCUGCGUGUGUUCUAAGCCUACCGUCACCUCCUGUCCUUGGGGCCGCACAGCCCUGCAGCAGGACGGGAGCAAGUUGCAUAAGGAUGUAUUUAUGGACCCAUAUUUUGCAUAAACACUUAUUUAUAGAAUUUUUUUUUUUACCUGAUUGUGUGCUAAGCACUUGUGAAUUCUACCCGGAGGGCGUCGGGACUUGCGUGGAACGUUUAUUGUUGGUGUCCUCAGU